CCUUCAUGCAGACUUUCUGGUCACAUGUCAUUUCUGUUUGCCCCAGAUGACUACAGGGUCUGGGCUGUUCCAAGGCGCAAACUGCACAAGCCGGAGCACAUGUAUCAGCCCCCCACAGCACAGUUCGGGAACCUUACCACCUGCCAGGUUGACUUCAUUCCCCACGAGAUCGCGCUGCAGCCCAGCCUCAAACCCCACAAGGUGGGCCCAUACCCUACUGCCCCUUUCAAUGGCGAUACCAGCCACCGCCGGGACUACAUACCCUAUGAGUUGCCGCCUCGGCCGGUGAGGCCCCAGGCCAAGUACAAGGCCGCCAGUCAGCCCAUGGAGAGCCUCACCACCCAUCGUGGGGCCUUCCGGGGCCUUGCUGGCCCAGCUGCCAAGCCCUACAGACCUACGGACACCCGGGCCAGCCCCAAGGCCCACUUUGCAGGAAGCACGGAGUUCAGGGAGAGCUUCCAGCCCUGGCAGGUGGCGCCCCCCAAGGUCAAGGUGCCACCUGAGUACAUGCCCCCUGUGGGCACCAUGCAGCAGACUAGCACCAGCCACCUAGACUACGUCCCCCACCAGGCAGCACGUGUGCCCCCUGCCAAGCCAGCGGCCCACAGGAGCAGCAGCCAGGGCCCCUUCCAGGGCACCAGCACCACACACCAUGAUUUCCCCGCCUGGCAGGCCAGAGGCCAGGAGCCUGUGCGGCCGCAGCAGCUGCUGCCCGGCCCAUCGGGGAAGUUCGAGGGCCUGAGCACCUUCAAGUCUCACUACGUGCCAUAUGCCCUGAUCCCCACGCAGAGCUGCAGGCCCCCACCAGGCCCUGCACGAAGCAAGGUGCCUUUCCAUGCUGCGACUGUGUAUGCCACUGAGUACAUCCCCAAACGGCCAGCAGUAUGUCCGGCCAGCUUCUCCUCGCCCCCUGGCUACAUCUUCACGAAAACGGACUCCCGUGGCCACCAUUUCUUCCGCCAGCUGACCCCCAUGGUGGAGGCCUUCUGAGGACCAAAAGCCAGCUGCCUGGGGUGAGACCAGCUCCACAGAGUAGGUAAGAGAGAAUGAGAGCCCAAAUCGAGCACACCUUCACUUCUGAGACAGCCAAAUAGAAGACUGUGUCAAGCUCAUGAAAACAAAGAUCAGUAAAUGGAUGACAUUAGACCAAGAAGCUUCUUCCCCUCUUCAGGAAAUGCAAGCCAGAACACAAAGACAACA